ACAAGAGCAGAAAGGCUGCUGAGAAAAAAAGAAAGAAAAAAAAUUAAAAGAUGGAAGAGAAUUUCGCUCGGUCUCGGACGACGAUGAAAAUGUUGUGUGUUUAGCGUUGAUUCCCACAAAGGCCAGCCACCAGACCAAGACCCAACUCGGGGAACGAAUCGAAAAAAAAGUGUGUGUUGUGGUGAAAAAUUGACGAUUGAUUGUGCUUUUCGCGUUAGCAUUAAACGGCGGAACCCGUCGCGACUCGCAAAGUGGCCACAGUGCGCCGGAAGUGGCCCUCGGGGAGUGCCUCCCUAGACCAGCAGCAACAGCAAGGAGUGUGUGUGUGCGUGCGUGUGUCACUGUCUGAGCUGAGCUCUUCUCGGGAUACAUUUUGGUUUUCUUUCUGGUCGGUUCCGAGAUCUGUGGACGGGGGCAAGUUCCGCGGCAUCGAAUCCGUGGAUCCGUACCAGACCGAGGUCAGUGGCCAGGACGGGCCAUCUUUUUCGAGAAAGGAGCAGCAGGAAAAAAAGCAGGAGGAGUGCUGCGCAGUGAAGAAGAAGGCGAAAAUAUCUGUGUGUAGUGUUUUGGGUUUGUGACCAGGUCGGGGCAGAUCCUCUCCUGUCCGGGGAAGGUGGCCAGGCCAGACCAGCUGGAGGCAAUCAGCUGCUGAAAAUCUGCUGGUGGAAGAUAUUUAUUGUGCGAGUGCGAAAUGGUGAUUCAAGUUGGCUGCUCCAGCAGCUAGGGAAGAGGAGCACACAAGAAGAAGCAAGAACCUGCUGCCACGGAGGGGGGAGACAUCCAAGAGUUGUGAGGGGGGACCAGUGAGAACGAGUGAGUGAGUGAGUGCGUGCGUGUGUGUGCGCACACAGACACACUCACACCUUUCUUGUCCGUGUGUGCCCACAGGGGGGCGCACAGUGAUGGAAAAUUGGAGGAACCGAUCUCCAUUGUCCGGUAGUGUUGCCGCCGUCGUUCCGGAACCGGAACGCAACCAGUAGCCGCAGCAGAUCUCUCCGCACAUCGGCAGCAGGCAGUCCCCUGGACACGACGACGGCAGCAGCCCCGCGGGAUCUUGGAGCGGCCACUGCUGCUGCCUGCCUGCCCUGUUUUGCCCUUUAAUAUGUUCGCUGGCGGCCAACACGUAUCGAUUACGGAUGCGACAGAUUACGACUUCGAGAAGGCGGAAAAUGCAGCCAAAUGGAAAGGUGUUUUCGUAACAUCGCUGAGAAAGGUCCUAGAGCAGCUGCAUCCCUCGUUGCAAGCACGCGAGGAUGCGUUGCUCUACGUCGAAAGCUUGUGCUUGCGCCUGUUGGCGAUGCUGUGCGCCAAACCGCCCCCGCACACGGUUCAGGAUGUCGAAGAUCGGAUUGGUCGCACCUUUCCCACCCCGAUCGACAAGUGGGCCCUGGGCGAGGCGCGCGACAUUAUCGACAAAUCCAAAAAGAAGAAACCGGUGCUUCCGGUUGACCGUGUGCACACCCUGCUGCAAAAGGAGGUGCUGCAGUACAAGAUCGACAGUUCGGUUUCGUUGUUCCUGGUCGCGGUGCUGGAGUACAUUUCGGCGGACAUUCUGAAGCUGGCGGGCAACUAUGUGAAGAACAUUCGCCACAUCGAGAUAUCCCGCGAGGACAUCGAGGUCGCCAUGUGCGCUGACAAGGUACUCAUGGACAUGUUCUACCAAGGGGACAGCUCGAGCUCGAUGGCCCCCAGUCCGCUGCCGCCCACGCCUCGUACCAGUCUCAGCUACGAGGAGGUCGUCAAGGAGCUCAUCCACGACGAGAAGCAGUACCAGCGCGAUCUGCACAUGAUCAUCCGGGUGUUCCGCGAGGAGCUGGUCAAGAUCGUCCGAGAUCCCAAGGAACUGGACUCGAUUUUCUCCAACAUAAUGGAUAUCUACGAGGUAUCCGUGACGCUGCUCGGUUCGCUCGAGGAUGUCAUCGAAAUGUCGCAGGAGCAAACUCCUCCGUGCAUCGGUAGCUGUUUCGAAGAACUAGCGGAAGCGGCCGAAUUUGACGUGUACGCAAAAUACGCGAAAGAUAUCACAUCGGUUCAGGCGAAGGAAGCCUUAGCAAAUUUAUUGGCGAGGCCGGAGGCGAAUUCGCUCAUGUCGGCCGGUCACGGUUUCAGGGAAGCGGUUAAGUUCUAUCUACCAAAACUACUUUUAGGGCCCAUUGGGCAUGCACAGUUGUAUUUAGAUUAUAUUAAAAUUUUACUACAGCUUAGUCCCUUGAAGGAGGACAAAGAGAGCUUCGAGCAAGUGCAGGGUUUGCUGAAACCGCUGCAGUGCGAGCUGCAAAGUAUAUCGUCGUUGCUGCCCAAGGAAUAUUUUGCCAGGGUAAACAGUCGAGCCCGGAGGCAGUCGGCGAUCGAAAAGACCCGCGAUCUGCAAAACAGCGUAGAACACUGGGACAAGGACGUGGGCCAGUGCUGCAACGAGUUCAUCCGGGAGGAUACGCUGGCGAAGCUGAGCUCCGGAAAGCGCCAAACCGAACGGAAAGUGUUUCUGUUCGACGGGCUGCUGGUGCUGUGCAAAACCCGGCGGCAAAUCGUCCCCGGUAACAACUACGACUACCGAUUAAAGGAACGUUUCUUCAUGCGCAAGGUGGAAAUCAUCGAUCGGUCCGACACGGACGAGUUGAAGUACGCGUUCGAAAUCUCGCCACGGGAACCGACCAGCGUCGUGCUGAUCGCCAAAAACGCCCAGCACAAAAACGACUGGAUGGCCGAUCUGGUGAUGCUCAACACCAAAUCCAUGCUGGAGCGCAUUCUAGACAGUAUUCUACUAGACAUCGAGAAGAAACACCCACUGAAGCUACCUACUCCGGAAAUUUACGCGUUUGCCGUGCCCGAUUCGCCCUCCAACAUUGUGCUGGAGGAGCGCGAAGGCACCGGAGUCCCACUCAUCAAAGGCGCAACCCUGACCAAGCUGAUCGAGCGGCUAACCUACCACAUCUACGCCGACCCGAUGUUUGUGCGCACCUUCCUCACUACGUACCGGUCGUUCUGUUCGCCCCGGGAACUGCUGCGGCUGCUCGUGGAGCGGUUCGACAUUCCGGAUCCGACGCUGGUGUACGACAGCGCCGCCGACAAGGACAUCGGCUCCGACCUGGACAAGUUUCACAAAAACUCCCAACGGGAGGACUGGAAGCGCUACAAGAAGGAGUACGUCCAGCCGGUUCAGUUCCGGGUGCUGAACGUGCUGCGACACUGGGUCGACCACCACUUUUACGACUUCGAGCGGGAUUCGGAGCUGCUGGACGAGCUGCUGCGGUUCCUGGAGACCGUGCGGGGCAAAUCCAUGCGGAAGUGGGUGGACUCGGUGUUGAAGAUUGUGCAGAGAAAGAACGAAAGCGAGGACAACCAUCGGCAGAUAACGUUCGCGUUCGGGCACAGCCCGCCGGCGAUCGAGCACCACCUGCCGCUGAGCAGCGAGCACGAGUUCAAUCUGCUGACGCUGCACCCGCUCGAGCUGGCCCGCCAGUUGACGCUGCUGGAGUUUGAAAUGUAUAAAAAUGUGAAGCCAUCGGAACUGGUUGGUUCGGUGUGGACCGGAAAAAAUAAAGAAACUACUAGUCCUAAUUUAUUAAAAAUAAUACACCACACUACAAAUUUUACCCGCUGGAUCGAGAAGUCGAUCCUGGAGGCGGAGAACUUCGAGGAGCGUGUGGCGAUGGCAUCGCGUGCAAUAGAGGUGAUGAUGGUGCUGCAGGAUUUGAACAACUUCAACGGCGUCCUGUCGAUCGUGUCCGCGUUCCAGGGUGCGGCCGUGCACCGGCUCAAGCUGACGCUGGAGGAGAUCUCGAAGAGCUACCAGAAGGUGCUGGCCGAGUGCGGCGAGCUGAACAAUUCGCACUACCGAAAGUACCAGGAGAAGCUGCGUUCAAUAAAUCCACCCUGUGUGCCAUUUUUUGGAAUGUAUUUAACCAAUAUUUUACAUAUAGAGGAAGGGAAUCCAGAUAUUUUACCAAAUACGGAACUAAUAAACUUCUCUAAGAGAAGGCGUGUAGCUGAAAUCACCGGUGAAAUACAGCAAUAUCAAAAUCAACCCUACUGCUUAAAAAUUGAUCCUAUCAUGAGGCAUUUUCUAGAGAAUUUAGAUCCUUUUAAAGGAAUGAGCGUUACGGAGAUCUCAAACUACGUUUACGAGGAGAGUAAGCGAAUAGAGCCGAAAAAUUGUCGUCAGCCGCUCAAAUUCCCCCGCAAAUGGCCCGACAUUCCGUUAAAGUCCCCGGGCAUUAAGCCGUCGUCGCGGCGCAACAACAGCUCCGCCAACUCGUCGAUGACGCUAACCGGAACGUUACCGUUCAGCAAGACCUCGCUGCUGAACAACAACGACACCGGCGGGGAGCAGUCACCGCCGGCCAACUCAUCGUCGUCUUCCGUGCACGACUACUCGAUAUUUGCCCCCGUCAAUAUCCACUCGUCGUCGUCAACGUCCACCAGUUCAUCACAGUACUACCAGCAUCACCACCAGCAACAGCAGCAUCAUUCGUUCUACCAGCAGCAUCACAGCAUCACGCAGGGUUACAACAGCUGUAGGAAGGCCACUUCCUCCUCGGCAACAUCGCCACCGUCGCAGGGUUACAGCUUCUCGCAGUCGGUGGUCAAUCUGGCGUCGGCCUCGGACCAGCAGAUGGCGCCGGAGAUUCCCCGACGGUCCGACAGUAUUAUCCUAACCCACGCGCCGUACAAUCUGAACAACAGCAGUCUGUCCGAGUCGAGUGGAAAUCCGUGCGGCAGCGGUGGCGGAAGUGGCAAGCUCGUGCCCAGUCCACGCAAUCCGUACUCGUCGAUGAGUGCGCUGUCCUCGUCCUCGUCCGGUAUCAGCGUUUCCUCCUACUUUGGCAUUCUGAGCGCAUCGAGCAGUGAUGCGUCUGGUCUGGGAGCCGGAGGCGGAGGCGGAGGCAUGGCCAGCAGCUCAGCUGCAACGAACGCCACCAGUAUAGUGUCGCUAAGCGACGGCCCAACGGCACCGCUUCCCCCCUUGUCGUCCGUUCCACCUCCCAACAACAACAACAACAACCCAACCGGGUCCGGCAACUCGUCCUCAGUUUCGUCGUCGGCCUCGGCCAGCUCGUCGUCGACCGUGGUGGUGUCCUCGACGGCGUACGGUGCCGGAACGCAAUCCAAUCUACCACCACCACCACCAACGCCGUCGUCCGCGGCGUCCGGCGUUGGUGACAUUCCACCUGCGAUAAGUCCCCGUACUGACAAGCCGGCACAUCCGCCUGCGCCGCCACCGUUGCGCAACAAUGGCGGCGGCGGCGGCACCGAGUUUUGCUACAACAUGUCGUCCUCGUCGUCGUCGUUCGGACUACCCAACUGUACAUCACCGCAUGCAACUAGUAGUAGUAGUAGUAGUAGCUUUAGGAAUAAUUCAACCAACCCCUUAAAGUGAGUAUAUUUCUUAUUC